AUGAAGGUGCUAGCCAUUGUGCUAUUUUUGUUCCUUGUCCUCUGUAAAAAAAGACCUGUUGUUGAUGGAGUCAUUCAGAAGCAGGAUGCGUACCUGGACGACGAGUUUAGGAGCUUCACGUAUUUUUUCGCCUCGUCCCCGUCGGCGAGCUUUCUGUCCCGGAUAGUCCAUAGCGAUGAGUCCAGAUUUACCCAAACGCAAAACAAAACAGACAUAUGGAGCAAAACGGUGGACAAGGCGUACUCGAUUAAUCAAUUUUCGAGCGGAAUUAUGAAGGUGUACAUGUCUCUGCUGCUACUUAUUCUUUUGCCCCUCUUUGCUUACGUCGGCGUAUUCGGCCACACAAGAAAUCAGACAACCUUCACCUUGUCAUCCAUAUGUGCGUACUUCACCCUUCUGAUGGUGUUUUUCUUGACCAACGGGAUUUUGAGCGUCGGGCUUGUCUGCUCGCUGCCGCUGGUGUUCGCAGUUUUCGCCUUCAAUUUUGUCUACUCAGAUUACACAAUAAAAUCGCUGUCAAAUUUUACCCGCCAUGUAUUUUCCUUGGUUCUGUCCAAGUUUGUAUACGACAUUGUAACCCAUUUCGGGGGUGACAAGGCAAACGCUUUCGAUUAUGGGUUCAGUGGAUACCUGUACAUGUCACUACUGAAGGGAAACUAUUACUUGGUCCUAAAGGCAGUGCACCUAAUUGUGCUUAUCGUGUUGGCGUGGAUGAUUAGGAAAUUGUUUCCCCGGGUUUUUGAAGACAGCGAGUUGAAGAAUUCACAGAGCGUCCAAUUGGAUAAAUACAUCGUGUCCUUCCUUUGCGCGCUGCCCAUCGCGGCGUCUGUCACUCAGAUUUAUUGCUUAGCGAGCCAAGCGAUGAAUCCCAUAGACCCUAGCAUAUUUUUUAUGAUCCCUAGCUCAGUAAAUUUUUCCUCACUGAGCACAAUUUUUUCACUUUCGGUGUUGGUCAUCACAACGUACUUGCUAACUGUGCUCAGAAACCUCGUCGAGACAGAUUACAACCAUGCCUUGAACAAAAUUCCGAGCAAUCUCAGCGAAUUUUUAUAG